AUGGAGCCGGCGAGAUCAGGGACUUCGGCGCAGCUCGAGCUGCCUGGCGAACGCCGACGUGUGACUGAAGGUGAAAGCGGUGGAUUGAGCAAUUCUCCACCCAAGCAGGUUUCUUCGGUCGCUUCGUUUCAGGAGAACAGGCCAGUGAAGCGACUCUGCGGCUCAGUUUUUUGCGGCCAGUCCACCCGUGUGCAGCCGACCGGAGGGGUUGGAGGGUUUGUAGCCGAGUUUGCGUUCUUUCCAGUAGGGCCCUCAAGUGCGACACAGCCUCAUGGCCCUCAUGGCAAGCUGGCAAAUGUGGUCGAAGUCCAGCUGAAGCGAUACUUGCUGGAUCGGUGCAGCGAUGGAAAAUCCGCCUCGCGGCGUUUCUUGGAGAGCCUGGCUGCGAUGUCCAGCCUCCUCCUGGCGAUUCCUCUCUGCACCUUCGUCUUGUGUGGAACCCUGCCACUGGCAUCACCAGGUGAUGGGUUCUGGGCCAAUUGGGCCUUUAACUUUCUUGCCCACCCAAUUCUCAACUAUGUCAUGGCAAGAGGCCAGCUUGCAGUGAUGGCGCGGGCGUUUAGCCAAGAGGACCGCAGAAGGAUCCGUUGGAUCAACCGCCUUGUGCCCUUGGUUGACCCAGCGCUGUGCCUUUUGCUUCACCUGCUCCUGUCCUUAGCCGACGUGUACCCAAUUCCUGCAGCGCCAGUCUUGUCCUGCAUCCCUGCGUUGAUUGGCUCCAUGGUCUGUUACCUGCGGAUGCUACCGAGGGAUCUCCUCACUCCUGAGGCACGAUCCUUCAUGAAGUUCACCUUCGUGAACUGGGGAUUCUGGGUGGCUCAAUUCGCAACGAUGCUGCUCUGGGUCGCUCGCUUCCCCUUGAUGCCUGAGCACUGGCAAGCCAUGAGCACACUGGGAAACGGGGUCUUGGUCUUCUUUGCCGGAUGGCUCGCGCAGAAGAUUGCCGACCGCUUUGGUGUACCAAAGUAUCUGCUGGUCGAAGUGAACCUUGCGGCAUUCUUCUUGGGCCUCUUCUUCUCGGCGAGCCUGAUGUCCACCGCGAAGAGCCUGAGAGUCGUCUUGCUCAUCACUCUGCUGGACGCAGGUAAAGCCGUCGUCCUGAGUGCGAAGCUACUUUGGGAGUUGAUCCAGGCCUGCCCAGCCGAAGAUUGCCUCUAUCGGUCUUGCAGCACGCUGGAUCCAUCAGACAUUGGCGUCUCCGAAGCCGAGGCCACGAGGGUAACGCACGAGCCUACGCAGGCAGCACCAACAUGUUGCUCCACAAUCCGCGCGGCCAUAGGGGCUCUCGUGCAGAAAGUGGCGGCCGCACGAAGUGUUGGGCGGCGGCUGCGGGGCCUCUUGCAGCAGAUCGAAAGCCAGACGCAGUCCGAGAUGAGCAGCAGCGACAUCAGCCCUGGUAAUGCCCAGCUCUUGAAGGUCCUGACGCACUCCUGGGUAGCGUUGGCCGUGAUGGAACUCUGCGAGGUCUUGGCUCCAAUUUUUUACAUGAUGCUGGCGAUGCUUCUCCAUUCCGACUUUGCACAGAACCGCGCCUUCUUCCGGCAAUUCCGGCAGGAGACCCCGGCGCAGUUCCACGACGGCAUGGUGAAUAAUACAAUCGCAGUGGCCAUCGAGGUUAUCGUGCAACUCGGCAUGCAGACCUGGCUACUCCGCAUGUUCGGGAUCAACUUGUUUGAGUUUACGGGCGCCAUCCUCCGCCUUGACUACACCUGCUACGUCUUUGGUAUGUCCUGCUGCUGCAUCGUCUGGCUCGCGGUCACCAUCGAACACUUUGGCACUUGGGGCAUCCUGGAGACACUCAGCUCCUGA